GAGAAGGUAAGAGGUGGAAUCAGCUCACUUUUUAGUUUAGUUAGAGACCUGAAUCGAGAUCAGAUCAACGACCUAUCGACGAACGAGCGAACAAACGAGCGAACAAACAAACGAGCGAACGAAAGAACAUUAACCGUGUGAGACAGAAGAUAUUCAACAAUGGAUACUUCUUCUUCAUCAUCAUCAUCUUCCCCUGAGGGACCAUACAGACACCAGAUCCCAAUCCCCAGAACCUACAAGUUCAUCAAAGUUCUGGGAGAAGGUGGAUUUGGGACAGUUGUGAAAUGUGUAAAAUUGAGCACUGGAGAGACCAGAGCCAUAAAGAUACCCAGGAGCAACGAAGACCCCCGCCAAGAGGCCUCCAUAAUGACAAUCCUGGCCAAACACAAUCUGGACAAGUUCAACAUUAUCAAAUAUCACGGCGCACUCCUUGCUUAUGGUCAGAUGAGCCUGGUGUUUGAGAUGUUAGACAUCAGCCUUCAGGAUUACCUGAUAAAUCUGAAAGGUCCAAUGCGUUUAGAGAACAUCAGAACUGUCAUUCAACAGUUGGCGACAGCAUUAAAUGCCCUGAAGACGGUUUCCCUGAUCCACUGUGAUAUUAAAAUUGAUAACGUCAUGAUGGUGGAUCAUAAGAGGCAGCCCUUUAGGGUGAAACUGAUCGACUUUGGCUUGGCUUUUUUCAAAUCCCAAGCAAUGCUAGGCAUGGUUGGCCAGGCACUUCCAUACAGAGCUCCAGAGAUCAUGCUUGGACUCCCAGUUUCGGAGGCCAUUGACAUCUGGUCGCUAGGCUGCGUGAUGGCAGUCAUGAUGUUUGGCCUCAUGCUGUUCCCGUCAUCAAACGAGUACCUUACACUGCGACACGUCAUUGACCUCCUUGGCCCACCACCUGAGCAUCUCGUGAGGACUGGAAUAAGAGUUCCUCUUUUCUUCAAGAAGACAGAAUCAGACGAGUGGAUCCUCAAGACAUCAGAGGAGAUUUGGGGAACAGAACCCCCCCCAAGGGACAAGAGAAUGUACACCUUCCGUCAUCUGGACGAAACUGCAACGAUGCGUCUGGAGAGAGACAACAAGAUGGAAGCUGACGAGAGGAGGGAGUGUAUCGAGCUGUUGAAGGCGAUGCUGACUUGGGAUGUGAAGGAGAGAAUCACCCCGGACGGUAUCCUCAGCCAUCCCUUCAUCACCAAGAGCUUCCUCAAUAAUAGCUCCAACCUCAGCACCUGUGAUGAACCAAGACCGAACGCCAGCCAGCCAAAGUCGGACACAAGAGAGGUGAAGAAAACCCAGGACAAUGACAACAAAGCUUUUCCAAGAGGUGUCAUCUUGGUGCGUGAAGCUCGUCCUGAAAAUAGAACCCCCCUGACUGAGACGCUUGAAGAGGACACGGAUAUAAGGCAAGAUAUUUUUUCUCUGAUUGUGCCACCAAGACAGACACCGUGCCCUAAGCAGAACUAAUGUA